UAUUCUAUGUCUAUGCUAUAACGUGUGAUUCGAAUUUAUUUGCCGUUAAGAGAGUGACUGAAUUUUUGUGUGGUAUUUCAUAAAUAUUAAGUAAUCUUUAUAAAAAAUUUGUUUAAAAUGGAAUCUAGUAAAUCAGAAUCAACACCGAAACAAGCUAUGGUAUAUAUUUGUGGAGAAUGCCAUUAUGAUAAUGAAAUACGACCAAGAGAUCCAAUUCGAUGCAGAGAAUGCGGAUACAGAAUCAUGUACAAAAGAAGAACUAAAAGACUUGUUGUCUUUGAUGCACGAUAAAUUUGUUUGCUAUGGUG